UGCUACACCUGGGCCAGCUUUGCCUUUGGUAAUGGUACACAAACUUGUACUUGUGAUGGACGCUCCACCCCCGCCCCUGAUGCUUUGGCUUUACCAGGUAAUGCUCUUUCUGAUGUUUCACCUAAGUUUCAAAAAUUGCUCUGUGACAUGGGUUUGGAGACGUUGCCUCUUGCAAUGGUGAUGACUGAGAUUCGCAAGCGCAUGAAAGUUAAGGAGGUGAUAAAGGAGAAGGUGCCUCGGAAUGCAGAUGUGGUGAACCCAGUUAAUGAUGUGGUUUGUACCCCGGUUGGAAAGGCUUCAGUGAAGGCUAAGGGAAAGAAGAUCUUCCGUCGAGGUUUCCGGUCAUCGGCCAGGCUGGAGGCUCGGGGCAUCCCUCAAAGAGGCUAUCUGAAUGCGGGUGUUUCUUUUCGUGAACCUGAAUUGAUGGAUGUUGGCUCCUCCUCCUCCUCCUCAACUGAAGAUGAAGAUUGGGAGUCCAUGGACUUGACUGUAGCUCAAGAUGGGGUCGGACAGUCUGGAUCAGAUGAAACACAACUUGGAAAUAUUGCAACAUUUUUAGAAAUAUGUGAGGUUGUUAUGGGAAUUAAGAUGUCAGUGAUUCAGAUGCCAGCCUUGGUUGCUAAAAGGAUCGAGAAAUUGAUGAGGGACUUUUUGUAGGGUUCGCAUGAUAAUAAUAAGAAAUACCACCUGCUUAGACGGGACAGAGUGUGUAUACCUAAGUGGGAAGGAGGUUUGGGUAUACGAAGUUUGAGAUAUUUUAAUUUUGCAUUGUUGUGUAAGUGGUGGUGGAGAAGUAUCCAUUUGAAAGAUCAUUUGUGGAAGGAUCAUUUGUGGUGCCCAGUCCUGAUUGUCAAGUAUGGGAUGGAAAGUUAUGAUGUCUUGAUUGGUGGUGGUAGAGGCAAGGAUAUUUCGUACAUUUGGAGAGCUAUUUA